ACUGUGUUCGCUCCUUGUUCCUUCUCGUUCAUGAAACGCACGCACAUUGAGGCAGCCGCAGUUUAGAGGAUCGGACCUGCCUUUAUAUACCUAGACGUGUCGUUGCGACGUCCUUACCAGAGUCCUCGCCAUGCCUCAGACGAGUUAUCCCUUCUGGCUCGGCGGUGUCGGAGCGACAAUGGCUGCGUGCUGCACACAUCCACUGGACCUUACGAAAGUUCGGAUGCAGACUAUGCAGCCGAGUGCUGCUCACCCAUCAACACUCUCCAUUUUACGGAUGACCGUCGCAGAGACUGGCUUCAAGAGCCUUUACACUGGACUUUCCGCGUCUCUUAUGCGACAAAUGUCCUACUCCCUUGUCCGCCUCGGUGCCUACGAGAAGAUGAAGGUGCACUUGUCGAGAGAUGGGCCAGCCCCUGCCAGUCAUCUCUUCUUGGCAGCGAUGAUAGCCGGCGGCCUGGGGGGUAUCGCUGGGAACCCGGCCGACAUUCUCCUUGUUAGGAUGACGAGUGACUCCGUAAGACCAGCGGAGGAGAGGUAUAAUUACCGCAAUGCCGUCGCCGGCCUUGUACGACUCGUUAGAGAGGAGGGAGUACACGCUUUGGGCCGUGGUAUGGGCACCAAUUUGACACGUGCGAUCCUCAUGAACGGUUCUCAGGUUGGAUCAUAUGACCUUUUCAAGCAACUGCUUUUAAGGAACAGGCUGCCUAUCGUUGAUUACCAGAUGAAGGAUGGCCUGUUCCUCCAUUCGGUUGCUAGCGUACUGGCCGGGACCGUUGCAACCACCAUAACGGCCCCGGCAGAUGUUCUGAGAUCCCGAUUGAUGGCUGCACAUGGCAAGACAAGUCCAGUGCAAGUCUUGACUACAGCGCUCAGGAAUGAAGGGCCACGCUUCUUAUUCAAGGGUUGGACUCCCGCAUUCAUCCGUCUGGGGCCCAACACAGUGUUGAUGUUCGUAUUCUUCGAGCAAUUAAAGAAAGGAUGGCGAACCAUGUUCCCCGCAGACUACGUCUUGUAGCGCCUUCAGAAGCAUCCAUUAUCAUUAUUCGUGUCCCGAAGGUAGAGGUAGUCGUUCGUUCGCUCGUACGGUAGACUAGAUGGAACAUAGAGCCCCAGCUACCUAGACCUAGAGCACUCCUGCAUUGCCCUUAGUAAUAUCAGAUCCAUGUAUAUGCUAGAGCGAUAUGUAUAUCCGCGCACUCCAUACCUUGGCUAAUGACCACAUUUGU